GUCACAAUCUCAAACCACCAAAUAUUCAUUUAAAUAGUUUGAGAACCAAAAACAAGUCCAACAUUUCUCAUUUGUAUUUCACGAAGGAAACAUCAGCAUGAAAUAUUUUCUAUCUAUCAUAUUUGGGGCCUUGUCAUUGACUUCAGCGCAGUAUUUCGGCGAGGACGGUAUAUACGGUGCUGCGCCCAACGGACCCUAUGGACAGCAGAGGCCGCAGCAACAGCAGCAGGCCCAGACCCAGGACUACUUUAACGGUGGUUUUGGCUAUGGCUAUGGGCCAGCUUUUGCCGCCGGCUUGAAUCAGCUGCAAAUGCAACAGCAACAGCAACAGUUGCAACAGCAGCAAUUGGACCCGUAUUUCUAUGGUGGCGGUCCAUACGGAGGUUGAUGGGGGGAAAUCUCUCUCGAGUUCUCGCAGUUGGCCUUCCAGGAGGCACCAGCUAAAGUUCCCAAUUCCCAGGCAAUAAAAUCUACCCCCAAUACCAA